CGCCCGCAGUUACUCGCGGGGCUCAAUAACUGCGCACACACGCAACGCGGCCCACCCGCAGUGUAUCUACCUAUACCUAAUAUUAAUAUAAUAUAGAUCGGAGUCGUACGCGACAACAAUAAUUCAUAGAGCGCCGACAAUUGACUCGUCGCGUCACCCGUCAUCGUCGUCAUCAUCAUCAUCAUCAUCGAUCGAUCAGUCCACGAAAUCGUUCGUUCGUAGCGGAAAACCCGUUUCCUCUGCAGUCGUCGUCGGCGACAUGAAGACGACCGUCGCAGUUGUAGCCAUCGCGCUGUCCCUGUGCGGACUCUUCCCGUUCGUCACAGUCGCCUUACCGGUAGCCGGAGAUGGACAAAAUGAAAGUGUGGCGACUAACACUGAACUACAGACCACCACUGUUCUACCUGUAGAUACUACGACCGAGAGUGUGUCCCAGACCGCCGUCGAAGCAGUAGAGUCCACGACCGAGAAUGCGGACCAGACCACCGCCGCUGUACCUUCAGACACCACGACCGACAUUGUGAACGAGACCACUACCGAACCAGCAGAGACCACUACCGAACCAGCAGAGACCACGACCGAGGAUGUAGUCCAGACCACCACCGAACCGUUAGAACUCGCCACCAGUGAAGCAACAACGGCUGUAAAUAACACAUUGCCGGCAGAAGUUGUCAAGGACAAGUUGAGCGAACAGAUCAGAAAAAUUCUGAAACACUACCAGCACCCUGACCCCGUUGGCUUUCCAGGCGCCCCAAUUCCCGAUCCACUAAGCAUACCCCCAAUGAACAAAGAUUUUGGCGUGGCGUUCAUGACGUUCAAAAACAUGACUGUACACGGACUAUCCAAGUUCAAAGUGGAAAAUGUCAACGCGGACUUGAAAAACAUGCGAGUGUACGUGCUGUUGAAAAUCAGACGAAUGUACGUGCUGGGCAACUACACACUGAGGUCGUGGCUUAGCCGACCGGCGUCGGGCCCGUUCAACGUGACGCUCAUCGAAGUGGAAGCCGCCGCUGAGGCUGCGCUCGAACCGGACGCGGAUGGCAACCUGCAGGCCACCGAGACGGAGAUGGACAUGCAGUUCAAGGACUGCGAGCUGGACUUCAAGAACCUGGGGUUCGCCGCUUCCAUGAUGCAGGGCAUCAUCAGCUCGAUGGGAUCGGUGCUGUUCGAGGGCAUCAAGCCGUUCAUCAUCAGCGAGGUGAACACCAACCUGCGGGCGGACGUCAACGCCCAGGUGAAGGCCAUCACUAGCAAGCUGCCCAAGAUGACGGUACCCGUCCCGGACCUGGCGGUGGCCGAGGGCCGAAAGUACGUCCAGCGGAUGGGCUUUGACCCGUACCACGUCGCGGACCGACACAUCGACGAGGGCCCGCUCAACUUCACGAUCACCGAGCUCACUGUGUCCGGGCUGUCCAGCUUCCACCGGGUGGGUGACAUCGGGCUGCAGAUCCGCGGCCCUGUGCUCCAGAUGGCCGUGCACGUCAUCACCGGCGCGAUCAACGGGUCGCUGCGGUGGAGCUACCGGCUGGGCCUGUCCAAGACGUUCAGCCGGACGGGCGUGUCCAACUUCACCGUAGACCACAUCCAGGUCCGGGCGCUGGUCAACCAGACGCUGGACAUCCGCAACAAGCCGGUGCUGGAGAAGCUCGACAUCGAGGUGGGCAAGAUCGAGGUGCAAAUGGACAGGAAGGAGCCGCUGGACUACGUCAUCGAGAUCGCAGUCAACUCGCUGCCGUCGCUGUUGCGGCACAUCAUCGUCGACGCGCUCGAGGAGCCCAUCAAGGCGAAAGCGCAGACCAUACUGGACGACGUCCAAGUCGAGAAAAUGGUCGAGGACAGGCUGCCCGAACUCGACCGGAUGGUCGGCGAUUGAUUAUUGCCCACCCGCCGCACCAUCCCUCGUCACCGCUCAUUUUCCACCCACCCUUCUGCGACAUGCAAGUUUUUUCUGAAAGUUGUGCGACGCUGCAAAUAUAUUAACGAUAAACGAAAAUAUAAUAUUUACAACCACCAACGCAAAAGUAGGUAGGUCAUAUGCCGAUAAUGUCUCUGUAGUUUUCCGCACCCAAAUCUCUUUAAACGUUCUUCUCGCCGCAGGCUUACUCGCUGUCCGAUGUGAAGGCUUCCGCUCGGUUUCCUUUCAAACCGUAGUGGUUUCCUGGGUUUCGGUAUCCUCUCUUUUCACAACACAUAUUAUAAUACAUAUCCUAACCCUUGACGAGACUUUAUUCGACUGCCUCAUUUGCCCGUCAUUUCUCGCAGUCGUCUAUCGUAUAGAACCUGUCUUCUCCGUCAGCCUAAUUCCCGUGCGCAGCUGCCACGUAAAAUUCUCGGACACAUAUUAUUUACCUUGAAACGUACAAGACAUACAAUUAUUUUGCUAAACCCAUACGUAAUUUAAACCAAUUCCGGCAACAUCUACGUUCACUUCGAUAAAAUAAAUUUUAAUACAAUCACCCAUCUCAUCGUGUGUAAAGGUAUCAUACUUACAAUUAUCACCGGGGGGUUUUUUUUUAUUAAAGAGGUAUUUUUAUUUUAGUACCUAUGGAUACUUAAUAUGUAUAUUAUGUUACAUUUUUAAACUAGCGUCUAUAAAUUUCAAAUGUUCAAACCGAUUUCAAUAAUUCGAUUAACACGCAUAUAAUAUAAUGUAAUAAUAUUAUUACACUGUUUACGAUGUUUAAUUUUAUGUUUACGUAAUUAUUAUGUUUCAGAUAAUAAUAUUAUAAUUUUAAAUUACCUACCUAACUGUUAUUAUAAAUAACGAUCUGCAAUACUAUAGCUAGUUUGAUUAAAAUGUACAACAGAUUGUUUGAUACAAUAUUUCACAAACUUAGAAAUGCGUGGUAGUACAUUACUCAGACGAUUCGUCGUUUAGAUUUUUCCACGCAGCCUUUAUUGUUACGAAACGCGUAUUAUUAUGUACCUAGGUAUACAUUUCGAUGUUUGUUAAUUAUCUAUUACGAUUGUAACAUCCUGAAAAUAUAAUAUAAUAAAUAAUAAUAAUAAUAUGUGUAACUGUA